AUCAAAGAGAAUGAGAUUCACUGAAUAAAUCAAGAAAAAACUGUUUUCGAGGUAAGAAAAAAAACUGAAGAUUAUUCCAUUCGAUCUCUAGACACUUCUUUUGUAUCGAAUGGAAUAUUCUGAUCUUGUCACUAUGGAGAUUCCCUCUGCUUCUUUCGUUCACAAUCAUUGUUUCUAUAAAUUUUAAGUUUGUUCAGCAAGACAUUAAACAUUGCUCUCGAGACUAUGGCAUUGUCAGUAUCUUCUGCCAAGUUUUCAUCAGGUGUUGAAGAUGAUAAGAAGAAGGAUGAAUUUGGUUUUCCUAAAUUUGUUGUGAUGGGUCACCGAGGAUUUGGGAUGAACAUCCUUCAAUCUCCGGACGAGAAAAUGAAAUCCAUCAAAGAAAAUUCUAUUCUUUCUUUCAAUGUUGCUGCAGAUUUUCCCAUUGACUUCGUUGAAUUUGAUGUCCAGGUAACAAGAGAUGGUUGCCCUGUAAUUUUCCAUGAUAUCUUUAUGUUCACACAAGAAAAGGGAGUAAUCACUGAGAAAAGAGUAACCGAAAUGCCUUUACAUGAAUUUCUCUCUUAUGGACCACAAAAGGAUGGCGCAAAUGUGAAGCCUAUGUUCAGGAAGACAAAAGACGGACGAAUCUUUGAGUGGAAAGUCGUGAAGGAUGAUCCUUUGUGCACCCUUCAAGAUGCCUUUGUGAAAGUUAAACGCUCCGUAGGGUUCAAUAUCGAGCUCAAAUUCGACGAUAAUACUGUGUAUGGAGAAGAAAAGUUACGUCAAACUCUUGACAACAUCUUGAAGGUUGUGAAUGAGCAUGCCGAGAGCCGGCCCAUAAUUUUCUCUAGUUUUCAUCCUGAUGCAGCUCUACUCAUCAGGAAUAUGCAAAUAAGUUAUCCCGUAUUCUUCUUAACAAAUGGAGGAUCUGAGAUCUAUAAGGAUGUGAGAAGAAACUCAUUCGACGAGGCCAUCAAGAUUUGCAAAGAAGGCGGCUUGCAAGGGAUUGUUUCUGAGGUUAAGGCCAUACUAAGAACCCCUAACGCAGUCCAAAGAGUCAAGGAUUCAAAACUUUCACUUAUAUCAUAUGGCCAGCUUAACAAUGCCGUGGAGGUACUUUACUUACAAUAUUUGAUGGGUGUGGAGGGAGUGAUCGUUGAUAUGGUCAUGGAGAUCUCUGAAGCCAUCGCCAGUAUCUCGGUUAGGAACAAGGAAGAUGAUGAAGAAGACGAUGGAAGAAAGUCUAUGAUUAUGUUUGGAGAGGAGAGGACAAAGGUAAAAAUUUCUAAAGAUGCAAUCGCUUUCUUAACAAAAUACGCACCUAAACUGCUUCAACAAUGAAGACUUUGCUUCAUUUACGCAGUUUCACUUGUACAUAGACUAAAUUAGGUGUUUUAAAUAAAACGGCUGUGGCAUAGUUAUUGUAUAAUGUAGAGGAUGAAUUCGACCAUCCCUCGAGGCCCGAAGAAUAGACGGCCUGGCCCGUAUAAAGUGAAGCGACAGCUCGGCUCCACAGCUCGAAGCGCUGAUCUCUCGGCGCGACACGAGAGUGCUUUUAGUUGAUCGUAUAUCGACUAAACGUAUCUGGCUCAACGGUCCCUCGAAGCAACGUGGGCUUCUCGGCCCAACGAGUUAAAAGCCCACGAAGGCGACGCGAGCUAGGUCACGGAAGAGCAUCAAGUCGAUUAUAUAUGGAGAAGGGGGGUGCAACGUAAAGAGGAUCAAAAAUCAUUCACACAUACUUGGCGGCUAGAUUAGGGUUUUACCUUUAUUAUCUUGCUGUGUUGUAUCUUUCCGGUAAAGCUCUUCGAGCUCCGGCACCCUUUCCUUUACGCAUUUCAUUUCCUUGUAACCGACGAAACGCUUUUCCGACCAUCAAUAAGACGUCUUUGCUUAACCCACAUU